AUGGGUACUUUAGUGUCAAAACUAUUCAAAAAUCGUGAAAUGAGAAUAUUGAUGCUUGGUUUAGAUAAUGCUGGUAAAACAACGAUAUUGUAUAAAUUGAAAUUAGGUAAAACAUCGAAAACUGUCCCCACUGUCGGGUUCAAUGUUGAGACUGUGAAACAUAAGAAUGUUUCAUUUGCAGUAUGGGAUUGUGGUGGUCAAGAAAGAAUUAGACCAUUAUGGAGACAUUAUUUCACUGGGACUAAUGCAUUAAUUUAUGUGGUUGAUUCUCUGGAUGUUGAUAGAUUAGAAGAAUCAAAACAAGAAUUAUUUAGAAUUGUCACUGAUAAAGAAUUGACAAAUUGUUUGUUAGUGGUUUUGGCCAAUAAACAAGAUGUUGAUGGUGCUGUUAAACCUAAAGAUUUGAUUGAAAGAUUCCAAUUAAACAAAUUAACUGGUGAACAUACUUGGUCAGUGAUUCCAACUAUUGCAAUUGAUGGUACUGGAUUAGUUGAAACUUUGAAUUGGAUCUCAUCACAUUCCAAGUAA